AUGCUCGCUCGCGCUCCGUUGAAAGAAACUGAGCUCCUCGAUUUGUUGCUUGAAGCUCGCGCUUCGUCCAGUGUCGCCUGGGACCCCCUUCUGCCGCUGUAUGUUGAUGGCCUGUGUAAGGUUGGGAGGGUCAAAUCUUCGUCUGCACUGGCUAGUCUUUUGCGGCAUUCUUCUAUCUCUAAUGUGGGAGAGUCGGGGACAGAACAGGGUGGAUCGCCGGCCAAGUUGAAGAACGAUAAGCCUUCUACCCUUAUGACUGAUAUCAAGGUCAUUCAGGAUGUCAUGAUGUUUAUUUCUACCGGGUCUAUCCCGAAGAAUGUUGUCGAGGCAGCGGAUCUCUACUCUGCUACUGUGGAUUGGAUUUUGGCUGUUGUGGCGUGGCACAAUCGUAGCCAGGACGGUUCGCAGGAAACGGGUGGCUUGUUGGGAUCGCCUGACGCAGUGUCGUUGUUUGAGUCGCUUGGGAUUUUGCUUGCGGCACUAUCUGGGACUAGUAAAGGGCUAGUGGUGCUGUCGGGUGACUAUGAUCAGGCCCUGAAAACAAAACUUGCCGAGGCUUUGUCUGGUUACUUACCUCUUUGUGUUGAUGUUUCUCUGCCUCUUCGUCAUCGGCUUGAAGAGCUGCAGAAAAUGUUCAAUCUGUAUCCCGGUCAGCCUUCCAAGGCUUUGGAUGAGUCUGCUAUCAAUGGUGUGAAUGUCAAUGCCCUGCAGUUCGAGGCUUCCGUCAUGGAUGGCCCGGUUGUGAAUACUAGAGCUGGACUCUAUGUGUAUAUCAAUUCAAUGCUUGUGGGCCGUCCUUUGGUUGAUGAUACCAUUUUGAUCAACUAUCUCACAAAUCGGUACCAGGGCCACAACGAUGUCCUCAUCGAGGAAAUCAUCACAGCCGCCUUUGACGUCCUCUGCAACGGCGUUUACCGCAAUGAAUCCAGCAGGACAAUGUUCUUGUUCCGAUCUUUCCUCGUGAACAAGCUUCCUGUGUUCUUUGCGGCCAUCUCAGCAGCGUCCAUGGUGCCAAUAUCGAUGGAGCUUUGCAUCAGCCAAGCCUUAAGCCGUCUGGAUCCGAACGCUUUCCCUUCCUUCUCACAGAUGUUCUCCAUGCAAGGCAGCAGUGUCCUCUCGGAUGCUCGUCAAGAGUUCCUCUUUGCCUGUGCGUCGCACAAGCUGAUCCAGGAAUCUAGCAUUGAACAACUUCUCGGAGAGAAUCCAAUGCAAACACUGUCUGGCGGAGGCCCCUACAUCAAGGACGAUCUCGUCUCGCAAAUCAACAAUAACCACGAACGUGCUGAGCAACUGAUCGGCGAGAUUGAGUCGAUGGAGGGUAAUGCAGGUGCAAUCGUUGGCGCCGUGAUUGAUGUCAUUCACAAUCUGUGUCAUCAGAAAGAGACAAUGACACUCAAGAACAUCUGCAACUCGCUCUCGCGCCGCCCGCAGACUUUGGACGUCAUCUUGCUAUUCCGUGCCACCAAACAGGUGCUGCAACCUCUCUGUGCUGUCAUCGAUUCUUGGAAAUGGGACGAGGACCAAGGCGAAAACCAACCGGUCUAUGAUGAAUUUGGAAGUAUUCUGUUGUUGGUCCUUGCAUUCAAAUAUCGCUACGAUCUGGGUCCCUCUGAUAUGGGUAUUGCGAACAGCGACUCGUUCCUGUUGAAACUCAUGGACCGCGGUGCUUGCAGCCGGAAGCUGAGCGACCUAAGUGAGAAACAAAACAAAGACCUUGGCGCUUGGAUAGGUGCUCUGUUCAUCGCUGAAGGCAUCAGCGAAGAGACCAUGUCCAGCUGCAGCCCGCACGAAUUCUACAUGCUUGUAACAACACUAUUCGAUCAGAGUCUCGGUGCAUGCGAGUCCGGAAAGUUGGACUUCGAUACGCUGAAAGGCGGGUUUGAAUAUCUGCUGGAGCCCUUCCUCCUUCCGUCGCUAGUCGUCGCCCUGACUUGGCUGGGUAAUCACAUCUGGGAGUCCGAAACCGACCCGACAAUCCCCCUCAAAACCCUCUACUCCCUGGUCAAACCCAGCUCAAUCUCCGGCGAAGCUCAAGCCAUCCACCAAACCGUCCUCAACAUAACCGGACGCCCACUAGAGGAGCAACUCAAGAACAUCCGAACAAGAAACCAAUCACGCACAGAUAUAAAACCAAUCCUCGACGCCCUGGACCCCUACCUCUCCUUCCGUCGCGUCGGCAGCUGCCACCGCUCAGAACUCGACCCCUGGACCUCCCAUGCCGGCGGCGGCCUAAAAGCCAGCAUCCGCGCAACCCUCCAAGGCCUCGUCCUCUGGAGCGCAAACCCAGAGAUCACCAUGGCGCCACACAACUACACCCACCGCCAGCUCCUAGCCGGGAUCCGGGUGCUAGGCGCAACACCCAUUCUCAGCUCCAUAAUCGACGAAGUGAAACAGCAAACCGAAUCUGGCAAUGGUCAUAUCGCGCUCGACAUAGCAGCAACCAUGAUCUGUGCCCCGAUGACGGAAUCCUUCGCCGUCGAUCAAAACAACUACCACCCCGUCGACGCAAAGGAGGCGCUCCCGCGCUGUCCCAUUCUCACGCUGCGCGAUGCCCUCGCGCUGCAGCAUGAUACCGUUCCCAAGGUCUCGGAGAGCGACCCGCUGCGCGCUGAGGUCAUUGUUCGUCUUUGGCGGCAUGUGAAUUUGCUCAUGGCGUCGCCGUCGCAGGUGUCCAAUAUUGAUGUCUCGAAUAUUAUUCAGAAUAUGCAUCUUGGCGUUGAGGGGCAGGUGCAUCGGACGGGGCUUGAAGGUGCUCCUGAGGCGGGCAAUGCGGAGGAUGAUCCAGAUAAUAUCAACCAGAUUUUGGAUACUGCGGCUGCUGCGGCGGCGGCGGGGAUGGAUAAUGGGAUGGAUAAUGGGAUGGAGGGGGCGAUGGUUGGGCAGGAUAUGGGGCAGGGAAUGGGGCUCGAUACUGUGGGCGGGAUGGAUGCUAUUGAUGAUGUGCUUAAUGCGGCGGAUAUGGCCGUUGGGAAUCCUGAGUUCUUGGAUUUGGAUAUGGAGGGGAUGUUUUAG